AUGUUUACCAACUCGUGGGGCAAGCCUGAAAUAUUAGGGCGAUCUUUCAAAUUUCGCAGAGAUGUGAUAUCGAAAGCAUAUAUUAUGGAAAUUGUGGAGCGUUCAAAUCCUGCAAUGGUUAUUACCAAAGAAGAAACUGCAAGUAAUGGUAACCGCUAUAUGGAAGGUUAUUUCUUAAGUCCGUUAGCAUUUAUGUUUCCUGAUUUGCUACCUGGCAAUAUUGGGCAAGCUACAUGGCGCGGAAAAUUCUCGAAAGUAAAGCAUGCUUUAGUAGUUCAUCUUGCUAGUACUGGAGACCACACCUACUUCAGACGUGAAUUCGGCUUCGCAAAUGACUUGAUGAAAAGUAACAUAAGCUCAAUUUUGCUGCAGAACCCAUUCUACGGGUCCAGAAAACCACGGGAUCAAUUCAGGUCAAGCCUUAUUAACGUUUCUGAUCUAUUUAUUAUGGGUGGUGCGUUGAUCGCGGAGUGCAAUUUUUUAUUGAAGUGGGCAAGGGAGCAAGGUUACUGGCCUGUAGGUUUAGCUGGUGUAUCAAUGGGUGGCCAUAUGGCUUGUUUGGCUUGUACAAACUCCCCAGAACCUAUUGCACUGGUACCUUGUCUCUCAUGGACUACAGCUUCAACCGUUUUCGUUCAGGGCACAUUAUCGAAAUCAGUCUCGUGGGAUGUGCUAACAAUGGAACUGCUAUCCAAACAAUUUCAAGAGGGAAUUGGACAAAUACCAGAAUGCGACUGGCUUGACAAAUCUUAUGAAAUAUGCAGGAAAUUAGAUGAUGACUCACCUUUUAAAGCUGCGAAAUGUUUUAUGUACGUGUUGAUGGAAGAAUUUACCAAUCUCUGCAACUACCCCAUUCCAAAGGACACCAGACUUGUAAAGAACAUUAUCGCUGAAAAUGAUGGCUACGUUAUUCGAUCUGGAGUACCCACAAUGCAACAAGUUUGGCCUGGGACAACUGUAGAGGUAAUCAAAGGAAUGGGCCACGUGGAAGCGUAUCUGGCUAGCCAUACACUGUUCCGAAGUUGUAUCAGAGAAAUGCUACGAAAAAACCAGGAACUUUAUAAUUAA